AUGUGCAAUGUCAUUCACUGGCUUGUAUUGUGUGAACUAGGCGACGUUGUUCUUCACAACUUGAGACUCAAAAAGGAUGCCUUGUCAAAGCUAAAUCUGCCUAUCGAUGUGAUUGAUGGGUCCCUUGGUGAAUUGACACUUUCUAUUCCAUGGAGUGAUUUAAAGGGAAAGCCCUUGAAAGUGGCAAUCAACAAUCUCUAUAUUCUGGCAGCCCCAAAGGCUUCUGCAGAUUACGAUCCAGUGGACGAGGAAAAGAAUGCUCAAAUUCUCAAAAAAAAGAAACUUGCGGCUGCAGAGCAGAUGUUAUCUCGGGCCAAAUCAUCUGGAACGGAAGAAAGCUCAUUUUUAACUCAGUUAACUACCAAGCUUUUGGACAAUCUACAACUAUCCAUAUCAAAUAUCCAUAUACGUUAUGAAGAUUCUUCUGUAUCCACAAAGAUUCCGUUUAGCGUGGGAUUUACUCUUUCAGAGCUAUCUGCCGUAUCUACCGAUGCAGACUGGAAGGAGGGAUUCAUUACUGUCGAUCAUCCGUGCAUCUACAAGUUUUUUCGACUUUCACAAUUGGGUAUGUAUUGGGAAACCAGCUCCAAGUCAUUUACAGAAGCUGAUGAUAUUUCCCAGAUUUUUUCCACAACUAUUGCACGCGACUCUCAAGUAGCUGCUUCUCAGCAGUUUAUUCUCAAUCCCGUUUCCGGCGAAGGAAAGCUGACUUGGCAAAAAGUGUACAACCCAAAUACUCCCAAAACAGAUCUCCAGUUGAUUUUCGACGAAUUUGCAUUUAAUUUGGAUGAGGAACAGUAUUCUACAUUUAUUGAGUUGUUUGGGUCAUUUUCAAGAUAUAUGAAGUCAUAUCCGUAUCGAAUGUUUCGUCCCCCCAGAUCCAUCACACCAAAAAUGGAUCCGCGUGCUUGGCUUCAGUUUGCUGCCAAGUCUAUUAUACAUGAUAUUCACGAAAAAAAGCGUCGUUGGAGUUGGGAUUUCUUUCGCGAGCGACGAGAUUUGCGUUUAGAAUAUAUUUCCUACUACAUGCAGCUAAAGUCCGGAACACUCGACUAUGAGGGAGAAGAAGAGUUGGAUCAACUUGAAAUGUUGCUAUCUUUUGAUGAUAUUCGGCUUUACCGACAUUUGGCAGUAAAUGCAUUGAAAAAAGAAAUCACAGGACCAGUAAUUGCAACAACUGCACCAGCUACAUCUGGAACGUGGGUUGGCUGGUUGACUGGAAGUCAAACUCCGGUUUCGCCUAGCAAUUCAGAUACCGCUUCUUUGACCAACCCACAGGGUUCUACUGGUGGUGCAUUUUCUGCGGCAGAUGUGCGUCAACUUUACGAGGCAAUCGAGUUUGAUCCAAAUUCUGUUUCAAGAAGUGACUAUCCAGAUAAUUUUGUGCAAUUAAGUGUUCACUGGAAAUUACGAUCAGGCUCAUUGACACUUCGACGCGAUCCCAAAACCCAAGCAGUUGAUCUUUUUAGUUCAACUUUUGAAGGAAUGGCAGUAAGCCUUUGUCAAUAUCCGCACUCAAUGGAGAUUAAUAUGGCAUUGGAAAAGGUGGUUGUUGUUGAAAAUGUUUUAACUAGUCCAUUCUUCAGCAUUAAGUUUGAACAUAAACCAUUGGAUGGAAGUGUUGACGAUGCCCUCACAGUGAAGAUGUUGCCUUUAGAGAUUGUUUUGAACCCAUAUGCUCUACGCACACUUGUUGAUUUUUUCAGUCCUAAAAAGGAUGAGUAUGAUGCAAUCUAUACAUUACAGGCUGUGGCUCAGGAUGCUAUUCAAGAAGUUACGACACAGACCAGAACAAAUCUUGAGUUUGCCAUUGAGGGACAUCGUUCACUAAAUCUUAAGAUUGAAGUGGAUGCGCCUAUAUUUUUGAUUCCUACAAAUUUUAUUGAUGAAAAGGCUCCAAUACUAGUUAUAGAUGCUGGGCAUUUAAGUGUUAAAAGUAUCCCGAUUAGUAUGGCAACAAAAGAACUUUUGCAAAACGAAGGCUCAUCUAAAUUACACGACCUGGAAAAGUUUCUUUACGACCAGUAUCUUGUAGAUUUUACGUCGGUGCAGGUACUUGUUGUAGCAGGAAUUGACGAGUAUCACUUGGUCAUGGAUGGUGAGCUUUUGGAUCAAAUCAGUUUUAUGGAAAAAGUCGAUGUAUCGUUAUCCGUAGGAGUCUCAAUUUUGCCCAAAGCAUACGAAUAUGCUAAACUUAAAGUGGAUGGCCAGCUUCCUCGAUUACAUGUCAAUUUUUCAAAUUAUAAUCAUUCCGUAUUGAUGGCAGUAUUAGAGUCUUCAAAAAAAGCAUUUUCUCGACCUACUAUAGCUACAGUUCCCGCGUUGAAUCCUCCAUCAAAAUCCAAAUCUGAAGAAUGGUAUCGAGCACUGACAUCGACUUCGGCUCCGUUGAUUCCGACAGAUUCAGAUGAUGAAUUCCACGAUGCUCAAGAAACCAUUUCAAGCCCAGUUCAAGCAAACUCUAAUCUAUAUUUCAAAAGUACUUUGGUGCUGUUUUCGUUUAACUGUCAUCAAGUUUCAGUUACAGUUCGAACAGUGUCAGAUUCCAGCACGACCAAACAAACGGAUUUGGCAAUGCUUUCUAUGAGAGGAUUUCAAAUAUCUGUUACUCAGCGUCCAUUUGAUAUGCAAGCAAAAUGCAGUUUAAAGUCCAUUUCGAUUGAAAACCCGAUGCUUCCCGAGUCGAGUCCUUUCCGUUGCCUUGUCGGAUCCAGCAUAUGCGAUGAUUCCAUUGAUAGCUCAACCAUUGAUUCCAGUCAUUUGGUGAAGAUUGAGUUUGACAGUAUUCAACCAGCCUCUCCAGAUUAUGCUGGGAUAUCCAUGCUGAUUUCUGUUAAUUUCAAUUCGACUCGUUUUGUGAUUUCACGUGAGUGGAUUCAACGUAUGUACGUCUUUUCGACCGAUAUCUUGCGUCGCCCAGAAUCUUUGAAUUCAGCACAAGUGGUUUCCGACUUGCCAUCAGAUUCCUCUGAAAUACCUUCAGAUUCUAAUGAAUUUGAUAAUGUUUCUAUGGAAACUGAAAUGUCAGGGUCUUCACUCGUUUUCAAUCUUAACGUGAAAUCGGUAGAGACUAUUGUUUUGGAAAAUGAUCAUCGAAUUGCCAGUGGAAAGUUUGAAAGUCUUGUCAUCCAAGCCAAGCUUUGUGGCGGUAACUCUGUUGUGAAUGGCACUCUUGGAAGGUUGUCGAUAGUAGAUGAUUUGGCAGCACCGGAUCAACCGUUACUUCGAGAUUUUCUUAUUGUCGAAGAGGAUCAAACUGCCGAGUUUUUCUUUGAAAUUUUAGAUGCGACCGAGUCACGACGAGCUGGUUAUGACAGUUUUUUGAAGCUGCGUGCUGCAUCUUUGAAAAUAACAUAUUUAAAUGCUUUCAUUGGACGACUUUAUGCUUAUUUUUGCAAGUUCCAAGAAAUGCAGGCGUUGAUGGACAAUGCAAGAAAAGUUGUUGAAAAAUCAGCCAUUCAAAUGCAACAACGCGCUGGCAGAUUUGCCUUUGAUGUUGUGCUGCGUACACCGAUUUUGGUACUACCCAAGAUAGCUACAUUGGACCGACUUGUUUUAUAUCUUGGAGAAAUUGCAGCAAAAAAUUCUGUUGUUUCUCCUGUUUCCGAUAUUGGGGUCGCUUUAGAUGAUGAGCAUCGUAUCAAGGUUGAAUCUAUGCGUAUUGUAUCAGUAUUUUCAGAGAAUGCAGAUCAUCCUCUUCCAAUGGUGGACAAAGUUGAUCUUGAUUUAGUUGCAUCGAUAUUCCAUGACAGUCUGCCUGGUGUUCCUAAGAAACAGAUUAUAAUCACUUUUUCGCCAGUCAUUUUUAACCUUACUGAUGAUCAGUAUCAGCUAACUGUUGAUAUAUGGAGAGCUUUUAAUGCUGUAUCGGAAGCACCUGCAACUCAGUCGCCAUCAAACUUGAAAUCCGUUCAGUCACCCGAGUCAGCGGAACCGAUUGCCCCAGUCUUGCAGACUGUUCUUACUAGCAUUAGUGUGCAUAUUCCUUCGAUCAUUUUGAAUUCUUUUUCGGGAACUACCAAGCUCAUGACUAGUAUUGAAGAAAAAUCACUAGCAAAGUUUGCUGGAAGCAGUGCAAACGUAAAACUGCAAAUGUGUGAUAAAGGUAUGAUGGAUGUGGAACUGAGAUUCCGCAGUCUUUCACUGUAUGAUACACGUGUGAACGAGCCAACAUGCUUUCGAGAUAUCAUGACUCCAACUGAGGAGACUGAUGAUCAAUUUGUAAUGCAUUACAGUUCUUAUCCGAUGUCAUCAGGCCUUGUAUUGACCAUUGACCAUCCAAAAUUGAUUUUUGACCUGGAUCAUAUUUUUGGCGUUCGUGCCUUUUUUGCACGUCCAUGGGGCUCUCCUGCAAAUGAAAACUCAAAAGCCGUUUCUCGAAAUGACAGCUCUGACGACUUUGGCAACGUCUCUCAGCAGUCUACAUUUACAUUUAGAGUGAAUUUUGUUGAUCCGGAAAUUAUUCUGAUCCGCGAUUCUACUUCCCCUAGCACAGAUGCUGUUGUGCUGCUAAUUGAUCGACUUGUAUUAUCACAAGAUCAGAUUUUAGCAAUUAGUUUUCAUGAUCUUGGAAUGUACUUUUGCACGAUGGAUGCCCGCGAUAAAACACAGCUUCGUUUUAUUGAAAAUUUUGAUGCCACACUUUCGCUUGACAGCCGCCAAACUGCACCAAAUCAUUUUCUCACCAAUGCUACUGUGUAUUUAUCUCGACUGGUGUUUUGGGUGUCGUAUCAUGAUAUGGUUUUGCUUUCCGAAUUGUCAAAUCGUAUUCUUGGACUGCUACAAGUCGAUCGUUCGCAGAGUAUAGAGAGUCCGCAAACAACGGCUGUCGAAUCCCCACCAGUUGAAAGUAACGAUAUUCGCCGUGAACGGUUUCGGCUUACGAUCGAUGGUGUUCGUGCGGUGUUGAUUGAUGAUAUCAAUGAUUUUCAUGUUCCUAUUCUGGAUCUUGUUUUUGAUAAAUUUAUUGUGGAAGUUGCGGAUUGGUCUUCUCAGAUACGAUUUGAUACGACUCUUUCUCUCCAUGCAAAUUAUUUCAAUUUAAAAAAUUCUCAUUGGGAGCCUUUUGUUGAACAGUGGCAGUUUUCUGUCAGCGCGGCUCGACAAGAGGAUGAAUUCAAACAACUUGCAAUCGAUAUUUUCUGCAAAAAGAAACUGGAGCUGAAUAUGAGCCACGCCUUUUUGAGUACGGUGGUUACAGCAGCAGCAGCACUAAAUACUGCAACAACACGAAAACUAUCCAAGCGAAGCGCACAGUAUCCAUAUAUUUUAAAAAAUCGGACUGGAUAUCCAGUGCACGUGUGGAUUGACAAGGAUGGAUCUAAUUUAAAUACUACAAUUUCCAAGAUUGAAAAUGGUCAGGAUCUUGGUUGGAAAUUUGAUGACUGGCGCACUGUUCGAGAGCGAUCAAAUCAAACAUCCCAUCGCUUGUGUGUGCAAAUCCAUGGUCCUGCAUGGGAGGCUUUAAAGGGUCUUGCUGUGGAUCGUGAAGGCUCUACUAUUCAUGCGCUUCGCCCAUCUUUGAAUAAAGUGACUCAUCGUCUUGUUUGCAGCGUGGAGCUCAAGGAUCGUGUUAAGAUUGUAACCUUUCGAUCAACAACACUUAUUUGCAAUCGGACAGGACUACAAAUUGAAGCCAUGAUUGUAAAUCGGAAUCGAAGAAAUGCUGCUAGUUCAGAAAACACUUUUCGCAUUCAGGCAAAAGAUGUUUUUUCAUUUCCCAUCGAGUCUUCUUACACUGACUCGAUUGUUGUCCGUCCCUUUGGCUUAGGAUAUGAUUGGUGUUCUCAACUGAUUUAUUGGCAAGAUUUUAAACCCGAGCAGCCAGCAUUCUUGGUGAUUUGCAAGGCAUUGGAUCCCUCCAAACCAAGCUUUCGUUUCCAAGUAAAUGUUCAUUUGAAUAAUUCACCAAACAGCAGCGAGUAUCCAUACAUGGACAUUUCAUUUCUUUCUCCAUUUGUUUUGGAGAAUCUUUUGCCUUAUGACAUAAAAUAUAUCAUAUUUGACAAGACUACCAAACAAAAACACCUUGGAUCGCUAAAAAAAGGAUCUUCAGAUCCCCUUUAUACUCUUGAUCCAACGCAUUUGCUUGCUUUGAAUAUUCAAGUAGUCGGGACAGAGUUACGACAAAAGGAAGCAGUGUUUAUUACCAGUGCAGAACUUCAAUACCCAGAUGACAUACUGGUGUUGCAUGAUCGAAUUGAUCACCAGUUGAAUUUGAAACUCAAAUAUAGUGGUAUGUCAGAAGGGGCCAACCGUCGGGUUAAAAUAUACAGUCCAUAUAUUCUUCUUAAUCGCACCGAGUGUGAAAUGUCGUUUAGUGCGCGCUCACUGAUAACAACAUCGCGUAUCGUCGGCAGCCAGAGUGCCCGUGGAGGUCGUGGACCAAUGGAGAUUGAGCCAUUUAUGUUUUCAUAUUCUACCUUUGAGCCGCUACGUAGUCGAGCUCAGGUGAAGGUUGAAAAUUCUGAAUGGAGCAAACCUCUGAGUUUUGAAGCUGUAGGAUCUGCAUUCCAAGUCACUGCGGCCAAGCCUUCCGAGAAAAAAAAUAUAUACUUGGGAGUUGAUGUUAAAGAGGGCGAUGGCAAGUACUAUCUUACAAAAAUAGUAACGUUUUCUCCAAGAUUUAUAAUCCACAAUGGUAUGAACGAGUCGAUGCUGUUCCGUCAAUCUGGAACGACAGUUGCAGUAGAGGUGAAAUCCAAAGAAUCUUUUUCACUGAUGGCACUGUCUUAUGUCGAUAAUGACUUGUUUGAGUUGAAUGUUCGAUUGUCAAACGCAAUGAGCGACUGGUCCAACGGAUUUAGUAUGACACAACUUGGAACUGUUUAUGUUAAAGUUGGCAUAUUGCAAUCUACUGUGGAAUAUUUGAUAAAAGUGGAUAUUGCGUUAGUAAAAGCUACGUUGACUAUUACUUUUUCAAAACAAGAAGGAAGAUGGCCACUUCGAAUUGAAAAUAAUACGGAUGUAGAUAUAUCAUUGUGGCAGCAGUUGGCAACUACACACUAUGUUAUUCCUCGAGGCACGUCGCUGCCAUAUGCUUGGGAUCAUCCUUCUGCUAAUCAUAAGCGACUUGUGAUUGAAAUAAAUGGAAAAGAGCAAAUCAUUGAUACGUCACAUCUUGGAAAACAAAGGGCGUUUCAGUAUCCGAUUGUUGGAGCGAAUCGAUUUGGAUUUCUGGUGAUUGAACUCAUUGCCGAGGGACCUACUACAAUUGUGCGAUUAAAGCAUCCUCCUGCUUCUACUGCUUAUAAGCGGGCUUCGUUGGGAGCUCAGCCAAUUGAAGCAUCUGUGCCUGUUGAGGCCAAGGUUCUUAAAACCGUACAAUUGCGAAUGGAAGGAAUAGGAAUAUCUCUUAUUAGCAGAGAUAUGCAGGAAAUUGCAUAUGCAUCUGCUCGAACGCUUGUUGUUGUUUGGACAGAUACUGAAGAGGUUCAAGCUUUAUCAUUUUCACUUAUGUGGUUGCAGAUUGACAAUCAAAUGUACGGCUGCAUAAACCCAAUAUUUAUGUAUCCCACAGUUCUCCCAAAGGAGGGAAAAGAAGAGUGGCAGCCCGUAUUAAUGUUAUCGUUGUGCAAAUCCAAAGAUACUUCUUUUGGUGUGGAUUAUUACAAAUGGUUUACUCUUCUUCUUCAGGAGCUCUCUGUUGAUUUAGAUGAAGAUUUUCUUUACGCAUUGACAGACUUUCUUAGAUUCGAUAGCAACGAUGCAACUUUGACAACACAAAAUAGUUCAGAUGCUCUUCUUUUUGACUCUACCCCAUCAAAUACAAACAUGGUCAAGCAUGAUGAUAGUUUCAAUCUUUUCUUUGAAAAAUUCCUACUACAUCCUAUGCAAGUAAACAUGUCAUUUUCAAGGAUUUCAAACGCAGGAUCCACUUUAGACGCUCGUCCACAAUCAGCAGGAAUCAUGUCAUUUAUACUCGAGGUUCUUACAAUGACUAUUGGAAACAUUCAUGAUGCUCCGAUUCGAUUGAAUGCACUGGAGCUGGAGCAUCCGAUUGUAUCUGCACCACAGCUUAUUGAUCUGAUUACUCGAUUUUAUUCCCAAGAAAUUCUAGGCCAGGUUCACAAAGUAAUCGGUGCUGCAGAUUUUCUUGGGAACCCAGUUGGCUUAUUUAACAAUGUUGCUAGCGGAGUUAGUGAUAUGUUUUAUGAACCUUUACACGGAUUUGAAAUUACUAGACCUCAAGACUUUGGUAUUGGUGUUGCGCGCGGCGCUUCGAGUCUAGUAAUCAAAACUGUAUUUGGAGUAACAGACACUUUGUCGAAAUUCACUGGAAGUAUUGGAAAAGGUCUCUCAGUCAUUACAAUGGAUGAGAAGUUUCAAGAAAAACGGCGUUUGGCAAAUCGGAAUCGUCCACGACAUGUUGUUUAUGGAAUGACGUCUGGUGCUGCGUCUUUGAUUCGAAGUGUAACCAGUGGAGUGACUGGCGUUGUUUCUCAACCACUAAAAGGAGCUCACGAAGCUGGAAUUGAAGGCUUUUUCAAGGGUUUAGGAAAAGGAUUGGUUGGAGUGGUGGCGAAACCCAUGAUCGGAGUAAUGGAUCUUGCUACUUCUGUAUCCGAGGGUAUUAAAAAUACCACGACCGUUUUUGACACAGAGCUAGAUCGCCAGCGACUUCCACGAUUUGUAGGAAAGGAAAAAAUUCUUCAGCCGUAUGAUCAUCGCGAAGCACUUGGUCAGAGUUGGCUGAAGAGUAUUGAAAACGGCCGAUAUUUCCGUGAGCUCUAUAUUGCUCAUUUAGAAAUUCGCGUCGAUGAUCUAGUAGCAAUUGUGACUGAAUCAAGGGUUUUGAUGGCACGUAUCAAAAGACUCAAGAUAGAAUGGGACAUGCCGUUUGAAGAGUUGCAAAUUAUCAGACCAGAAACUGGUGGAUUAGCUCUUGUGAGCAAGACACGCCAGGUUGCCAAAGCGCGCAUGAUUCCAUGCCCAGACGCCUCAAGUAUGGAGUGGUUUCGGGAGAUGCUCGAAGGUGCAUUUACGUCAUAUCUGCAUGUAUCCAAACCAUUUGAAUGA